AUGUCAUGGUCAUAUGCUUUAUCCCCAUAUAUUCUCCAUCCAGAGACAUUUGAUGAGAAUAUAGUAAUUUAUUUUGAUGAUAAGGCUACUAUUAUUACUGAUCAAUUCAAUAAAUCAGAAUAUCAUUUAUUAAUAUUACCAAGAGAUCCAGAAUUAACUAAAAAGCAUCCAUCAAUAGCUAUCAACAUUGAGUUAAAGAACAAUAUUUUACAGAAGUAUAUUAUAUGGUGCCAAAACUACAUUUACGAAUCCUUUGUUGGAAAAUUUGAAAUAUUAACAAAUGAUCUAACUGAUAAGAAUUCGUUUAUAAACAAUUUUAUAAAAGUUGGGGUACAUAGUGCUCCAUCAAUGAAAAAUUUACAUAUUCAUGUUAUAACUAAGGAUUUUCAUUCUAUGAAGUUGAAAAAUAAGAAACAUUAUAACUCAUUUAAUACAAGUUUCUUCAUUGAAUAUGAUCAAUUACCCUUAGACACGAUACCUGAUAAAGAAGAAAUAGAAGAUAAUGCUAUAAAGAAAUCUGAUUUAAUAUGUAGUUACUGUCACAAAAAUUUUGGUAAUAAAUUCAGUCAAUUGAAGAAGCAUUUGGAUAUAGAGUUUAAUGAUCAUUUUAAAAUUAAAGAAGCAGAAUAA